GGUGAUCAGCCACAGUUUCAAUUUUUAUCAUAUCAACGCUUACGUAACCACGACACUACUUCUACUGUUCUAGGAUCGAUCUAGCCGAAUGGAAAUUUUCUCAGUUUAUUUGUUUGUUUAAUUUUUUACAUUUUUGUACAAGGAAAAGACCUGUUUCUGUGGUAAUUUGUGAAUAUCAGGUUUUAAAUUAGACACUUAAUUGUCGAUUAGGAACGGAUACAGAUUUGAAAUGGAUUCUUUAUUUACCAGGAGAGCGCAAAAUCGAAUCAAUACGAAGAUACUUGUGGGUAUAAAUAUCCCGGGGUGAUAAACGGUUUUCGCGGUUGUCUGGGGUGCACUGCCGGAGACUUUCUCUCACGCUUGUUUUACCUAAAAAGGCGCUCUUGUAGUCACUAAAAGCGCCUUAUGUUUUUAUCGUCUCGUCUUCCCGUUAUCACUAAUGUCGCUACGUCUGCUAGUAAUUAUGAUAAUCAAAGUACAGUAUGUUAAGGUGUUCGUAUUAUUGAGUUAUAGGUGUCGUAACGGUAUUGGUCACGGUUUUUUGUGACACAAAAGUUACAGGUUCCGAAACCGAAAGAAAAAACACAAACACACACACUUUCCGCCUCAACGACAUUGUUUUCAACGGUUAGAACUUGCUCUUUGGUUAAAAGUAGGCAAGAAACGGCAGUGAAGGCGUAUUUUGUACUCAUUCUCCUACCGUGACAUUCAUUCACUUGAAGUUUGCCGCUCGUCCGGUCGUUCAGCUGUGCGGGAUACAGGAGCGUCAAUUUUACUCGUCGCUAACAAGAAAGGUCGUUUCCUUUGAAAGGAGGUUUUAUUUCAUCCAUACAUCGUGGGCAAUGUAUUGGAGGGCUUGAGGAGCUGACAAGCAACAUGUCUAGUGUAGAUUCCGAACAGGAUAAGCAGCCAAUCAGCUCUGUUAAUGGACAAUCUGGUGACAAUGACGCAGAUUCAGCUGGGAAAGAAGAUGCAGAAGAUCAUGCUCCAUCCACAGAAGGACUGAAGGGAAUCUCUGACACAGAAAGUACAGCUAUUGUGUCAGGUCAUGGUGAAGAAGCACAGUCACCAAAGGAAGGUGUAAAUGAAGAUGAAGCUAAGGGCUCACAGAGCCCAGAAAUAACUAAUGGAGAAAUUGCUGGAGGCCAUGAAAAUGAAAAUGAAGGUGAAAGCUCUGUUGCAGAAAAUAAGCCUGAUGAAACUCCCGAACAAGUAUUGGACAACAAACAGGUUAAUAAUGGUGUGGAAGCUGCAGACAUUGAAAAUGAAACGGUUGAAGCUGGAAAGGAAGUUGAAAAAGCUGCAGAGCAAAAUGAACCCGAAAAGAGCAAUGAUAUUGUUACUGCUGUGGAAGAUGAGGAACAAAAUAAAGUCGAAACAGAACCAGUAGAGGUGGAAAAAACUGUUGAUGAACUCAAGGAAGGAGCAGUUUUUGUUGAAAAACAGACUGAGGAGAAGUGUGAAAAUCAGCCUUCAGAGGAAAGCAAAGUUGCAGUAACAGACUUUGAGGCUGCUGACAGGAAAAGAGCAGUGACCAUCGAUAAUCCAGUGGAUAUGAAUGAACUGACUGCGAAAAGUGGAGAGUCACCACAGAAAGCAGAGGAUAUUCAUGACAGAUCAAGAACUCUAGGAGAUAUUGAGGGAAGAGCUUCGUCACCUUUGAAGGAAGACGUUGCUGUUAGAUCACGGACAAUUUGGUACACAGAUGAAGUGGAAGACACCCCAUCAAAACCUGACAGUGCAGCGACUGAAGAGACCGUUAGUUAUUCGACAAGUAUUGUAGGGGGUGUGGUUCAUAGAAUGCCAAUCUCAUCCUCACCCAAAACCCAACACAAGCCCAAGGAAGGGGGUAGUCCACAGCUCUCGCCAUCAAAGAAGAGGUCAGUCAUAGAUUCUCUGCUUGGACGGCAUAAAAAAUCCAAAGGUAGCCCUGAAAGUCCGCAAAGAAGUAGUGCCGGAGUUCAAGAUGCUGAGAAAGAAAGCCAACAGGGUCCACCUGAAUCCACUCCUGUUACUCAAAAUGGCGUUGUAGAUGCUGCAAAGAGUGACACUGAGCCAUCAGGGAGUGGGGCUAGCGCAGAGAUUGCAGAAGCUAAAAGCCCUGAUGUAGAUCAGGAAACCCAGGUCAAAGAUGCUACGGAGAAAGAAGGUGGAGGUGAUGAAAUGAAACUAGCACCGGUAGCACAAAGUGAAGAAGAUACUAAGCAAGAAAUAGCUGAGGCGAAAGAAGGGGAGGUUGAGUCCCAGGAUGCUCAGGAGGUUCGGGUGCCAGUAGAGGGUGCAGAGGGGAAAGGUGAGACCAGCACUGAAGUUCCCGAGGGUGAACAGCCAGAAGAACCUAAGGACGCUGCUAAAAGAGCUCAUUCGGAUAUUCCAGAGGAAGAAGAGACUAGUCCCCAACCUGUAGUAAAGAAGAAGAAACCCAUUUUUGGUGGUAUCUUUGCUCGGCGCAAGAGCAAGAAAUCAAAAGGUGAUCUCGGAAGCCCUCCUAUUGAAACAACACAAGAGAAAGAAGGUGGAAAACCAGAUGAGGAGCAGCUGAGAGAAAGUAUGUCGACAAAGCCUGCGGAUGAUGCUAAACUUCAGGCUGUGGAAGAGGAAGAGACAGUAGAAAAUGGCACAGACCAAGGAGGUUCACCGGACACAAGUCAGACCACUGAUACUGCACAACAGGAAGUAACAGAAGAUAUGAUUAGUCCGGCAACUGAUCAAGCUGUAGAAAGUGCUAAGGAAGAAAUUGCUGAUGAGGGACAACAAGAAGUACAGACAGCAGCUGAAGGGGAGGAGCCAAGUGCCAAAGAGGAAGAAACUGUGAAGACUGAAGAUGUUCCGGAAUCCACCGAAGAACCAUUACAGUCUACAGAUGCCGAUGGCGCUGUUGACAAAGAAGAAACAGAACAACAGUCAGUCCCCAGUCAAGACACUCAGCCAGAGAAUAAGCAUUCUAUUUUCAGUGGGUUUUUUGCGCGGCGUAAGAGCAAGAAAUCGAAGGAGUCUUCGGCUGAAACACCACAAGAGAAAAGUAACAACGUUGAGGAGCAACAACAAGGUGGAAGUGAGUCGACAAAAGCUGCAGACGAUACCAAAUUGCAGGCUGUGGUUACUGUAGAGACAUUAGAGAAUGGGACAGACAAGGAUGCAGCUCCAGAAACAAGUGGCACCACUGAUGCUGUACAACAGGAAGUAACAGAAGAUGCCAUUAGUCCAGCAGAAGAUCAAGCUGUGGAAAGUGCUCAGGACGAUAUAGCAGAUAAGGAAAAAGUCGACGAGAAUAUUGCAGAGCAGGAAGAAGAGGAAGCUAUAGGAGGGGAACCAAGUGACAAAGAAGAGGAAACGGUUGUGCCUGAAGAUGCUCAGAAACCUGCGGAAGAACCAUUGCAAUCUAAAGAUGCUGAUGCCACUGUCGAGAAAAAAGAAACAGAAGAAGUACCAGUCCAAAGUCAAGAAAGUCAACCUGAGAAAAAGCACUCCAUUUUCAGUGGUCUUUUUGCGCGACGUAAAAGCAAGAAAUCAAAAGGUGACGUCCCAAGUACCCCUGGUGAAAGACCACAGGAGAAGGAGGGCGACCAAGCAGUUGAGGAACAGCAAGGUGACAGUGCGUCAACACAAGCCGCAGAUGAUGUUACGCCACAGGCUUCGGAAAGCGAAGAGAAACAAGACAGUGCCGUGACAGACCAGGAUGCGCCAGCAAUUGACACCAGUGCUACUGAACAACAAGAAGUAAGAGAAGUUGUAAUCAGUCCAGCAGUAGAUCAGGCUGUGAAAAGUGCUCAGGACGAAAUAGCGGAUAAAGUCGAUGGAAAUAUUGGCGAGCAGGAAACAACAUCAGAACAGGAGUCAAGUGGCAAAGAAGUGGAACCUACCGGAACUGAAGAUGUUAAACAAUCUACAGAAGAGGAAAGUGAAGUUGCUAACCAUAAACCUAGGGUUGAAGAACCUAGUGAAGACACAAGCAAAGAAACAAGUGUUUCAGACAGGCCUGCAGGGGAAAAAGAAACAUCACCUGAAUCAGAAGAGGCUCAAGAUAAAGGCGAUGUAGUGUUACGGGAACGCAUUGCACUGACUCAUGGUUCACACAUUCCCAAAACACACGGCAUGCAAAUGAGGAUUAGUUAUGCUGAGACCAUCGGAGAAGGCGGUCGAGAAGUCGAGGUGAUUGGCACACCAGAACGAGUCUCUGAAGCAACCAAUCAGAAAGGCAAAACGCCUCCUGAUCACCGCGUGUCAUGCCGGGAUCUGGGAGACGCUGAUCACGAGGGAUGGCUUACUAAGAAAGGAGGGCCUCUGUUCUUUUCUAGCUGGAAGCCCAAGUGGGUAGUUUUGAAGGAAGGAAAACUGUAUUACUUUAAAACUUCCUUUGACCCCGAAGCCGGUGGAGUUAUCAACAUGGAAGGAGUGACUGUUGCUCCAGCACCUGAAACGAAGAAGAACUUCUGUUUCAAAUGUGAGCAGCCGGGCCCCAAACCUCAGGUGUCACUCUUUAAGGCGGACAGUAAAGAAGACAUGGAAAAAUGGCUGACGGUGUUAACGGCUGCUUCUAAGGGAGAAGUCAUACACAAAACAAAACAGCACCAUCUGACGCCCAUGGGUGAAGUCGCCAUGCGAAAAAAGUCAGGAUCCAUUUCAACACAGCGGACCAGUUCAGUUCUUGCUGUUGGAGGACGCCACGACUUUUUAGAAGACGAGGAAGACUUGAAAGCAACACGAAGGAGGUCUACAUCAGGCUCUCUGUCGAGAUCACCCGAAAAAACGGAAGGGAAAGACAAACGACCGUCCGUGUCCAGUGGCACGCAUCCAGUCGUUACUGAGACACACCCGGUACCUGAAGACACACGGCCAAUACUUAGUGACACACAGGAGGCGUCUCAACCAUCUGAAGACAAACCAGAAGAAACGAGCAAAAGUAGUGAAAGCGAGAUGACUGAAAAGCCUGUCCCUGUGGUGGAUGAGGUUUUAGUGAAUAGUGAAAAGAUAGCGGUUGAGUCUGUGCCUGUUAUUGAAGUGUCUGACCAACAAGAUACACCCGCUGUAGAAAGUUCCAGCGACACUGCCCAAGAAGUUGCAUCUUCGCACGAGGAGGAAGAAGGAAGUAAAGGGCAAGCUAGUGUUUCCGUGGAGGUGACGGCUGAAGCUGAAAGCGCACAGCCGGAGCAGGAAUCAGCUCCAGACGUUUCGGACUCUACAGUUGAUGAAACAGACGGGACUGUAAGCACAGUGACGACCGAAAGCUCACUUACCGUUGUAGAGACAGUAAAAUCCACUUCCGUUAUUUCAGAAAAAGUCGAGACAGUAGUAUCAGUGGUUAAAACAGAAGUAACAGAGGUUAGUUCUGCUCAACAGCCGUCAGAAACUGACGAAUUUAAACAAGACGCGAAGGAAGACAUGAAGGAAACGAGUCUAACCCAACUUGAUGAACCAUUGUCGCCGUCGAAAACCAAAUGGUACUUCACAUUAGACCGGCAGGAAACGUGGUCUGUGCCACCCGAGGUCGAACCAGAGAAAUCUUCGUCGCCUCCCAAGUCCCCCGGCUCAAGAUUCGACAAAGUAUCGAUUAAGAGCGACAGAGGAUCCAUUAAGAGCGACAGAGGAUCCAUUAAAUCUUCGUCGGACGAUGACGAUUUGUUGGUCAUGUUUCAGAAUGUAAGAAAAGCGCGCCUGUCAAUAGUGGGUGAUCACGUGUGGGACUGUCCAGAGAGGUUGCGGGCGCUGUCUUCGGUUCAUGAUGGUAAUGAGGAGACACUUGUCAAACUUAGAACACUGGAAAGAACUCUUAAAGAUAAAGAGAAGCAUCUGUCAGAACUUGACGAACUGCUGACCCAACCGGAAAUAAACCGAGACUCGAUGUACGCGUGGAAAUCACGUCAUUCAGAUCUACUGGAGGAGUUAUUUCUUCAGUACGAUGGGGACAUGCAGGAAGAGAGCAAAAAAGCAGCUGAGGGAAGGGAGGGUGAAACGCAAGACCAACAAAGUUCUAAAUCGGGGAAGGAGGAUGAGGAAGCAAAAUCUUCGGAAGGAUCGGAAAAGGAAGUCAAAGAGGAAACGCCUGAGGAAGUGGCAAAGAAAUCAGACGAAGAGCAGGCGACUUCUUCUAAGAAUGAGGACGAGGGAAAGAUGGACGACAAACAAGUAGCGGAUGAAGGAAAAGAGGAAACCGUACGAGACCAAGAAAAUGUCCAGGACGAACGACCAUCAAGCGAGAAACAGGACGAUUCACAGCAAAAAGAAGAUAACAAUUUUAUAGUGACUGUGGAGAUCCAACAAACCCCGACCGAGAGUGUUUCGGUUACAGACUCAGAGCAAAACGUGCAAGAAGCAGGAACACAUCAUGUCAAGCAAGCACAGGAAGAAGAGACCGUGUCUAACAAUGAACAGAGACUCCCUGACAGUCAAGAGGAAAGCCACGAGCAGGAGGAUAGUGAUGUUCAGGAUACGCGCUUUUGAUUCAUUACAGAACAAGAUAGACUUCUAAAGUCGGUCUCCUCGAGAGAUGCGGGAACUGAAAGGUAAAGAGGUUGUAAGUUAGUCAAGAAUCAAUUAGCGUAUUGCUUUUUGUCCAGUAACACGGCACAUAACCAUGCCAGCUAGGGAAAGAUUACAAACAGGUAGGGUCGAUUAUUUGAAUGAAGCCUAGGUAGUAUUUAGCAAGGUCGCGGAUAACAUUACGAACGCCGUCUUCAUUAUAAUUUUGGAUCAUUUUGUUAUAAUGAGUUAGCUUCUGUAGUUUAGUGAUUACGAGUCCCUUUUAACCCGGUUUUAGUCGGCGCUUUAUUCACCCAAACUGACCGGAUCUAUUCCUAUUUAAUUAAGUGCAAUAAGUAUUGGUGACGGGUAAAAUUAGGAGACAAUGUUACUCUCGUUAUGUCAAAAUUCUAAUUAUUAGAAUUUCGACGAAACGCAAGUGAAAUUACUUCGUAAUUUCACGUGUAUACCAUUUGAUUAUCGUUCAAUAUCAUGGGUGACAAAUUACGCUUACGAUCGUGGGUUUUUGACUUGUGUAUUGUCGAGAGGUCAUCGAGAAAUUUCGCGCCAAACGUUGCCAUGGCAAUUCUAUAACUUCAUAUGUGAAAUUAUAAAUUAACGCUGAAAUUUCGCGCCAAAAUUAAGGAGUAUUUUGUCAUCCAUGAUAUUAGAACGAGAAUGAUUCCUAACUCAAUAUGCAAGCGAACCAUAACAGACCAUCACGCGCUUGCGUACGCUCAGUUAUUAGCCGCUGUUUGGGAAAGGAGUCCGCGCUCAACAUAAACCAGAGAGCGGCGGUAAUCCAGCCUAGCGCAUGUUGGAAAUUAUGAUUAGAAAAGUCAACAUCUCAGGGAAAAGCAACGCUUGAAUGGGAAUCCGAUGACAGACGUCUUCCUUCAAAACUGUUUCCUUGAAAUUUAAAAAAAGUUGUGCGGGAAACAACGGUGAACUCCUCUUUACAGUUUAAUUAAUCAAAUGAUGCUUGCAAAGCAAAGUGAUUUGUUGUUUACUUGAAAAUAGUUUGAUAUUUUACACAUUUCAUAUAUUCACUUGCAAAAAAAAAGAAAAGAUAUAUUCAGUACAAUUAUUAAAUAUCAUAACUAUGAAUGUCUGGGAAGCAAAAGAGGUUUUGUUUCCAUCACAUGACCCCUUUUGUUUGAAUGGAAUUCAUGAACCACAGGAAUUGCGAAAAUGUUCAGCUUUAGAGCAUUCCAUAACAAAUUUAUUGCGGAAAGACGAAGAGUAUUUUGAAAUUUUGAAAUUUGCUAUUAUCAUUAUUCACCCAUCAUCACAGAUGAAACCUUGCACUCUCAAGAGCUCCAGGAUCAAAUUUGACAGAAUAUUCCUAAUUUAAAUGUUGUAACAAUACCAAAGAGCAAACAUUACCACUUAAAAGUGCUGCUCAUUUACCUGAAUGGAUCAUCCACAGAGUGAAGAGUAAGAACGACUUUUUACAGCAGAGCGAAAAUGUACAACAACAUUAGUUGAAGGUUUGUCUGGGGAAGAAAGAGCAUCUCAGCGGGUUAUUGUUUUUUUUUUUAUUCCUCAGAGCAACAUGGUGGGUCGUUCCGUUUUGGUGGUAUUAAUAUUUACCAGUGACUUAAUCGUUUUCUUUGUAAGCUGUACAGCAUCAUCAUUGUCAUGAUGUGGGAAUGAAUGUUUGUGUUAAACCAGUAACCUGCCAGUUUAACCAAAGAUCAUAUUUGGUAUAUCAUAACUGCCGAUACUCCCAAGUCUGUGAACAGGCUCCCUUGUAGUGCGUGUUCCGAGGGCGUUAUUCCACCCCAGGCCACACUCGGCUUGCUCGGCUUUCCGACUAUUUUGGAUCGGGUAGGAGCCCUCGUGAGGUCGUAGAUGAAAGGCUUACUACACUUUGACAGACAAAUGGAGCAAAUAACAAAACCAAUGUCCUUAGCCCCAAAAUUACAAGCUUACGAGAGCUGGCUGCUACACUUCUGAUUAUUUUUCACCCAAUAGCACGCGACAAAGGACUAGAGAGGCUGUUCACAGUUCAGUAAUGAUGUUGUCCGUGUUUAUAUUGGAGAAUGCAUGUACACCAGGGUUUACUUCAGGAGUUUGCAAAGAAGGCCCUUAUCUAGAA